GCAUUAUUGUCUGGAAACAACAAAGGACAGGAAAAAGGAGAAGGAAACAGCAGAGUCCAGAGUUGUGUUCCCUUUGGAUUCUGAGAUGUCGCCUCCAGGGGGCAGCACCAAGGCAGGGAACUAGACUAAGAUCACUCAGUCCUGUCCUCUGUCUGGGGCUCCCCACAGGUCCCCACCAUCACUCCUCCCAUUCCUCCCGACUUUAUUUUUAGCUGGCAGCGGGAGGGGGCAGGAUGGGAGGGAAACUAACGAAAACAGAAGAGGCGAGGGACAGAGGCGCAGAGGACUUCUCACGCGGCCAGAACAGCCAGGCAUGGAGCUGCCUCUCAUCCCUCACCUGUUCUUGUCCCUGAUGGUCCUGACAGGUCUCUGCUCCCCCUUCAACCUGGAUGCGCAUCACCCACGUCUGUUCCCAGGGCCACCUGAGGCUGAAUUUGGAUACAGUGUCUUACAACAUGUUGGGGGUGGACAGCGAUGGGUGCUGGUGGGUGCCCCCUGGGAUGGGCCUUCUGGUGACCGAAGGGGAGACAUUUACCGCUGCCCCAUAGGGAGAUCCCACAAUGCCUCAUGUGUCAAGGUCCACUUGGGUGACUACCCACUGGGAAAUUCAUCUCGUCCUGCUGUGAACAUGCACUUGGGGAUGUCUCUACUGGACACAGAUGGUGACGGGGGAUUCAUGGCCUGUGCCCCACUCUGGUCUCGUGCUUGUGGCUCCUCUGUCUUCAGUUCUGGAAUCUGUGCCCAUGUAGAUGCGUCAUUCCGGCCCCGGGGAAGCCUGGCACCCACUGCACAGCGCUGCCCCACAUACAUGGAUGUUGUCAUUGUCUUGGAUGGCUCCAACAGCAUCUACCCCUGGUCUGAAGUUCAGACUUUCCUACGAAGACUGGUGGGAAGACUGUUCAUUGACCCAGAGCAGAUACAGGUGGGGCUGGUACAGUAUGGCGAGAGCCCUGUACAUGAGUGGUCCCUGGGAGAUUUCCGAACCAAGGAAGAAGUGGUGAGAGCGGCAAGGAACCUGAGUCGGCGGGAGGGACGAGAAACAAAGACUGCCCAAGCAAUAAUGGUGGCCUGCACAGAAGGAUUCAGUCAGUCCCGCGGGGGCCGCCCGGAGGCUGCCCGGCUGCUGGUGGUUGUCACUGAUGGGGAAUCACAUGACGGAGAGGAGCUGCCCGCAGCACUGAAGGCCUGUGAGGCCGGACGAGUGACCCGCUAUGGCAUUGCCGUCCUCGGCCACUACCUCCGGCGGCAGCGAGACCCCAGCUCUUUCGUGCGGGAAAUCAGAGCUAUCGCCAGCGACCCAGACGAGAGGUUCUUUUUCAAUGUCACCGAUGAAGCUGCGCUGACCGACAUUGUGGACGCACUGGGCGACCGGAUUUUUGGCCUUGAGGGGUCCCAUGGAGAAAACGAAAGCUCCUUUGGCCUGGAAAUGUCUCAGAUUGGUUUCUCUGCUCAUCGGCUAAAGGAUGGGAUUCUCUUUGGGAUGGUGGGGGCCUAUGACUGGGGGGGCUCCGUGUUAUUAUGGCUUGAAGAAGGUCACCACCUUUUCCCCCCACGGACCGCCCUGGAAGAUGAGUUCCCCUCUGCAUUGCAGAACCACGCGGCCUACCUGGGUUACUCUGUUUCCUCCAUGCUUUUGCGGAGUGGACAACGCCUAUUCCUCUCAGGGGCUCCUCGGUUUAGACAUCGAGGGAAGGUCAUCGCCUUCCAGCUUAAGAAAGAUGGGGCUGUGAGGGUCGCCCAGAGCCUCCAGGGGGAGCAGAUUGGCUCAUACUUUGGCAGUGAGCUCUGCCCAUUGGAUACAGAUGGCGAUGGGACAACUGAUGUCUUACUCGUGGCUGCCCCCAUGUUUCUGGGACCCCAGAACAAGGAGACAGGACGUGUUUAUGUGUAUCUGGUGGGUCAGCAGUCCUUGCUCACACUCCAGGGAACACUUCAUCCAGAACCGCCCCAGGAUGCUCGGCUUGGUUUUGCCAUGGCUGCCCUUCCUGACCUGAACCACGACGGCUUUGCUGACGUGGCAGUGGGGGCACCGCUGGAGGAUGGGCACCGUGGAGCGCUGUACCUCUAUCAUGGGACUCGGAGUGGAGUGAGGCCCCGCCCUGCCCAGCGGAUCGCUGCUGCCUCUCUGCCACAGGCCCUCAGCUACUUUGGCCGAAGUGUAGAUGGCCGGUUAGAUCUGGAUGGAGAUGACCUGGUGGAUGUGGCUGUGGGUGCCCAAGGGGCGGCCAUCCUGCUCAGCUCCCGGCCCAUUGUCCGCCUGGCCCCGUCGUUGGUGGUGACCCCGCCGGCCAUCAGUGUGGUUCAGAGAGACUGCACGCGGCGAGGCCAGGAGGCAGCCUGCCUCUCUGCGUUCCUCUGCUUCCGAGCGACCUCCCGCACGCCUGGCCGCUGGGACCGCCGGCUCCACGUGCGGUUCACAGCAUCACUGGACGAGUGGACAGCUGGAGCCCGGGCAGCUUUUGACAGCGCUGGCCAGAGGCUGGCCCCCCGGCGGCUCCGGCUCACUGUGGGGAAUGUCACUUGUGAGCGGCUGCACUUCCAUGUGCUGGAUACAUCCGACUACCUCCGGCCGGUGGCCUUGACUGUGACCUUUGCUUUGGACAACACCACAAAGCCAGGCCCUGUGCUGGACGAGGGCUCACUCACCUCUAUACGAAAGCUGGUGCCCUUCUCAAAGGACUGUGGCCAAGACAAUGAAUGUGUCACAGACCUGGUGCUCCGGGCGAAUAUGGACAUCAGAGGCUCCAGGAAGGACCCGUUCGUGGUUCAAGGUCGGCGGAAAGUGCUGGUGACAGCCACCCUGGAGAACAGGAAGGAGAAUGCCUACAACACCAGCCUGAGCCUCAGCUUCUCUAGAAACCUCCACCUGGCCAGUUUCACUCCUCAGGUGUCGGGGGGGAGGGGCUUGGGGAGGAGUCGGAGAAGGAGGGAGCAGAGUAGGUAUUGUCCUCAGCUGCGAGGGGCUCUGGAGAAAGGCCCAGUGUUUAGGGGCUGUGGGCAGGAGAGCAGCCGCAGCCCCAGCUCUGCUCCACCCCCGUGUCUCUGCUUUCAGAGGGACAGGUCGGUGAAGGUGGAGUGUGCCACGCCUUCCCCUCACGCCCGGCUCUGCAGUGUGGGACAUCCGGUCUUUCAGACUGGAGCCAAGGUGACCUUUCUGCUAGAGUUUGAGUUUAGCUGCUCCUCCCUCCUGAGCCAGGUCCUUGUGAGGCUGACUGCCACCAGCAAUAGCCUGGAGAGAAAUGGGACCCUUCACGAUAACACGGCCCAGACCUCAGCCUACAUCCAGUAUGAGCCUCACCUGCUCUUCUCUAGUGAGUCCACUAUGCACCGCUAUGAGGUCCAUCCAUACGGGACCCUCCCAGUGGGUCCUGGCCCUGAAUUUAAGACCACUCUUCGGGUUCAGAACCUUGGCUGCUAUGUGGUCAGCGGCCUCGUCAUCUCAGCUUUCCUUCCAGCCGUGGCCCAUGGGGGCAACUACUUCCUGUCACUGUCUCAAGUCAUCACUCACAAUGCCAGCUGCGCGGUGCAGAAUCUGACCGAGCCCCCUGGGCCCCCUGCGCACCCAGAGGAGCUUCAGCACACCAGCCGGCUGAACGGGAGCAACACUCGGUGUCAAGUCGUGCGUUGCCACCUCGGGCGGCUCGCUAAGGGGACUGAGGCCUCUGUCGGACUACUGAGACUGCUUCACAAUGAAUUCUUCCGGAGGGCCAAAUUCAAGUCUCUGACAGUGGUCAGCACCUUCGAGCUGGGAGCUGAGGCAGGCAGUGUCCUCCAGCUGACCGAAGCUUCCCGCUGGAGUGAGAGCCUCCUGGAGGUGAUCCAGACGCGCCCUGUGCUCAUCUCCCUGUGGGUCCUCAUUGGCAGCGUCCUGGGAGGGCUGCUGCUGCUGGCUUUCCUCGUCUUCUGCCUUUGGAAGCUUGGCUUCUUUGCCCGUAAGAAGAUCCCCGAGGGAGAAAAAAGAGGAGAGAAACCGGAGCAGUGAAUGUAGAAUAGAGUCCUGGAAAGCCCUCCCUGGAAGCUUCUCCAAAAGACGCGCAAAGAACGGAGGCUGGGGCCUCCGAGGGGACGAGAAUCAGCCCCUGGACAGCCUCCCCUCGCCUGAGCCCUGACCUGACUUUGGAGUCAUGAGGAAGCUGCUGGCAGGAGAUGAGGCCUCACCUCAGACAAGAGGGGCUGGCACCCCGACUAGGAGCACUCCCUCUGUCUGCUCCCUCCUCAUGACCACGGUUCAUGGCCAACACGGGCCUUUUUCUCCAGCCUCGGGAAGCGGGAAUUGGUCGCCUAGGUCCCUGCCUCCUUUCAGAUCCCCCCACGGCCUCCUUCCCAGUCUGGGAAGGGUGAGGGCUGUCUUCCUCGUCCCCUGCCUCCCAGCUUCCUGCUGGCUCCCCGCUCCACGGGAGGGAGCUGACGUUGGCUUGGAAGAAGUAAAGUCAACAUCUGCUGCUCUCCUCUGGAGCCUGGUGGUUCAGAAAGCCAACUGGGGAGAGUCAACAGGAAAAAAGAGGGAGGAGGAAAAGCCACAAGAGACGUUCUGUACAAUUCCAGGGAACAGAGAAGCCUUUAGACAGGCAACUGCCAUCCCCCUGAAACCUGAGACCUGGCGGUGCGCUGGCCCGCCCUCAGGUGCUGGGGAAAGGAGCCGCUCCGGGCUGCUGGCUAUGGGUUUCCCAGCUCCCACCAUGGGAGCAAAGCCAGGUCCCCGAAUCUCUGGAGCCAGGGGCCCCCCGGUGGCUAGAGGUGGAAUAGCAGAGCAGCCUGGCUACCCCAGGCAGCGUUUUCUCCUCCCUCAGGCCUCUCAAACUUCUGAGCCCUCUAUAAACUCCAGAGAAGGGAAAGGAUUGCCGCUUGACGGUGGGAAACCCUUCCGCCUUACCAGCUUGGGGAAGCAGCAGCCCCAUGGAGCCUGAAUGAGUGGGGUUUGCAUUGAGGAGGAAGCUGAAGUGAGUGGCAGGAGGUGUCUGAGGAGCACGCCCUUCCUUGCUCAGCAGGGGUUGUUGAGCACAAAUAGCUCCUAGGAUCAUGCUUCUGGGGCAGCUCCUACUUUGUGGGGCUUCUCUGGUGGAAGCGCGUUGCCAGCCCCUGCCUGAUGUUUACUAGAAAUUCUCAAGUUCAUUUCCAUCUCUGGACCACCCCACCCCGUCCCAUGUUUUGGUCAUGGCCGGUUAAGAGAAUUUGAUUCUCAUCAGCAACUGGGUAACUUCUAUUUCUUUGGAAUCAAGGCUUGGGAUAGCAAAGUCAGUCACUGGUCUCCAGGGUGCGGCACCCAUGUAGAGCUGAGGUCAGGCACCUGACCAGCAGCCACAGAGCCUGUCCUUCAGGGCUGUCCUUGAGGCCCACGGUAUUUACUUUGGCAUGUCUGGAGCUGUUUGCAGAGGGCAUUGUCUCUGUUUUCCAGCGUGGUGGGCAGCAUACAGAUGGCCAGAACAAAUAAAGUUCGUGUCAAGUGA